AUGUCGCUGUCAUUUUUCCUGUCGCAAGGAAGCCUCUAUGCUAUCUCAGUCCUGAUUGAUCACAUGGGCCAAGAUGAGGAGGCUCCUGGCACUGAUGCAACCAAAUUCCUUCGAGGAGAGCAGUAUCAGGAUCUUGCCCGUGGUCCUCUCAAUGAAGUGCCAUGUAUGCCGAGAGACAAGGAUACCAUUAUCGCAGCCCGCCGACCUCGACAUGGGAAUUGUCGAACCCGGUCACAGAUGGCUUAUCGCACGCAGGUGUCGGAUUUUAUGCUGCAUCCUUCCGGCUGA